AUGAGAAAUCCAAGACUCUCAUACUGCCAAGCUACCCCUCACUCACCCCAUCUGUCCUCAACGGCUUCUUUUCGACCCACAACGACUCCGAGGUCCCGAGCCGUCACCCGCUGCAGCCGUAGAUCCCAUGAUUUGAGGAAAAUAGCUGUGCCGCAUCGGUGCCGGCUUACUCGAAAUAGAACAGCGCUCACAACAGUACGAUUGUACUUUAGUACUAUUUACUUACACGCGGUACUACUUAGUGCUCGGCGGGCAACGUUCGUCUUGAUGCACGACAACUUGUGCCACGUAUCGGGAAAUUGCAAGUCGUACCAAAGGCCAACUUUCGACCUGCAAUUGUUCUCUGGACCGGGAAGCAUUAACGUCUGA